GAAAGAUCAACAACUAUGGCGAAUCUCCUCCAUCUUCAGCUUUCUUCUCCCUCCACAAGUCUAGCCUCUUCCUUCAGACGCAGACACUCUACUCUAAAUCGCGAGAUUGAUCUCUGGAGAACCUUCCUGAGCCGCCGCGGAGGCUCCGUCCAGUGCCGCGCGGGACGGUUCAGAUUCCGUACAGAGGACGAGCUCUUUCGCGACGGAGGUUUUGACUUUGGAUACAGAAAGAAGAAGAAGAAGAAGCCGUGGUGGUGGUUAGACGAUGAUGAUGAUGAUGAUGAUGACGAUGGUUUGAUGAAUGAUGAAGAAGACUGGAGUAUGGUUUUUGAGGUGUUUAGGAGUUUAAGUUGGAUGCUUGCGCCCAUAGGGAUAUCUUUGAUUCUAGGAACGGAUUCAGACGCGGGGUUAAUGGCGUUAGCUGUUCCGUUAGUUCAGUCUUUGGUGUCACUUGUGUUUAGUAAGGUGUUGAGUAGGCCUAGUGUUGGUAGACCUAUUGAGAGAAGCAGAACGUUUUCAAGAAGGAGGAAAGGUAGGCGAGGAGGAGAGAUGGAUGUUGGUGGUGUGGAUAAGGGAGGAUAUAAGUCAUGGAUUGUAGGAGAUGCUGAUGACAACAGUAUAGGUUCUAGGUAUGGAGGUUGGGAUGAUCUGGAGAAUGGAAAUGAGAUUUUGUUUGAAGAGAGUGUUCGUUCAAAGGAACAGUUUAAGAGAAGAAAUGGUACUCGGCGGUGGAGAGUUAAGGAGAAGCCGUUGCUAUUGAGGAUGCUAUUUGCUUCUUUCCCCUUUUUGAGUUCAUGGACCAAAUUGUUAUUUUGA